AGCACUUUUACAGUUGUGUCUCGAAACUGGUCUCAUCGCGUGCCAGGUGGUGUUGUGUUACUUAAAAACUUAAAAAAUAAAUUAAGGAUUUUACUAAAAUAUUUGAAUGUUGAAGCCUUAAGAAUUUAACAAAGGAAACUUUCAAACUAAGAUAUAAAAUUACAAAAUAAGAAAAAAAUGGAGAAGAACCAAUCUACAGAAUUAGAUACAUUUUUACCUGGAGAAAAAAAUGGGACGAAACAUGAUGUCGUUUAUAUGUAUCCUAAUAGUUCGGAAGCCGCAAAAGCUCUCAAUGGGGAAUUCGAUCCUUUUAAAGCUAGGGAUUUAGAACACCCUGUAUCUGACUGUGAUACCCUCACACAUCUAUUAAAAGCCUCUCUAGGUACCGGAAUCUUAGCUAUGGGGGCCGCUUUUCAAGCGGCUGGUUUAGUUGUUGGUAUAUUUGCAACAAUAGCUGUAGCCAUAGUUUGUACGCAUUGUUCAUAUGUAUUGGUUGUUUGCGCACAUGAUUUAUACAAAAGAACGAAAAAGACAAAAAUGAGUUUUGCUGAAAUAGCCGAAGAAGCAUGUAAACGAGGGCCGAAAUGGAGUAGAAAUUUAGGGUUUUGGGCAAAACAAAUCAUCCUGCAAGGUUUAUUUAUAACAUACUUCACCACCUGCAGCUGUUACUCAGUAAUAAUCGCCAAGAAUUUCGAACAAGUACUUACGCACUAUCAAUUGAAAUUUAGCGACAAUGAUGACACCAAUUUAAGACUGAUCAUCGUCACAUUAUUGAUACCUUUAAUCUUACAGGCUUACGUGCCUAAUUUAAAAUAUUUAGCGCCCGUUUCAAUGGUUGCUAACGUAUUCAUGGGACUUGGUUUGGGAAUUACUUUUUAUUAUUUAGUUAGUGAUAUUCCACAAAUUAGUGAGAGAAGAUUAGCGUCUCCAAUAACUACGCUUCCAAUUAGUUUGGCUAUUACUAUAUUUGCUAUUGAAGCUAUUGGAGUGGUAAUGCCUUUAGAAAAUAAUAUGAAAACACCAAAAAAUUUCGUUGGAAUUUGUGGAGUUCUCAAUCAAGGAAUGUCGGGAGUUACGUUAAUUUAUAUUUUAUUAGGAUUUUUGGGUUAUUUAAAAUAUGGUGAUGAUGUUUUGGGAUCGGUAACUUUGAAUUUACCUGAAGAUGAAUAUCUUGCUCAAGCUGUUAAAAUCCUAAUCGGUUUAGCUGUUUUCUUUACGUUUGGUCUUCAAUUCUACGUUUGUUUGGACAUUGCAUGGACGGGAGUUCAACAUCGUUUCCAAAAUAAACCACUCCUCGCAAAUUAUAUUCUUCGUACAGUGAUGGUCAUCAUUUGUAUAGCUUUAGCAAUAGCCGUUCCAACAAUAACACCAUUCGUCGGACUUAUCGGAGCUUUCUGUUUCUCAAUAGUCGGGUUGAUGAUGCCCGUUUUUAUUGAAACGGUCACAUUUUGGGAUAAAGGUUUUGGGAAAUUCAAUUGGAAAAUUUUAAAAAAUACGAUAGUUGUUAUUUUUGCGCUUUUAGCUUUAAUUUUUGGCUCAAAAUCUGCAAUCGAAGAUAUUAUUAAUGUUUAUACGAAAGCACCGUCGGUAACUGUUGCUUCCUUACUUAAUGAAAGUUCUAUUGCAAAUACAACAACGUUUUAAAUUAAUUUGGGUUGAUUGUUUUUCAUUUAGUUAAUUUUGAUACGUAUUUAAAAUUGUAAAUAAUUUAAAAAUGAGAAAAGGGGAUUAAUUUAAGACUUUGAUGUUUUUGAAUCAUACGAGUUUUGCUGAAACCAUUUGUAUUUUUUAAAUAGAAUAAUACUUACGUUUUAAUUAGUCAAAAUUGAGGUUUAAUUUUGUAAUUAUAAUUUAAUUCUGUACAAAUCACAAAAUUUGCGUUUGUUUAAUUUGUUUAAAAGUUUGGGGUUUGUACUAAAACUUUAUGCACACUAUUCAUGUGCCUUAUUUACUAUUACACAUAAUUGAAUUAAUUUAUUUCCAAACAUUCACGUUAUUUUUCCAUUUUGAACUUUUUAUUAAUUUUAACGUUUCUAAAACGUUAUUUUGAAGGUUGUAAAGAGUUUGAAUUCCCUCCAUUUUAUAAAAUGUCAAAUAAGUAAAUUUGUCAAAAUAUCCUAAUGAAUUUUUGGCCUAAUAAAAAGUCCAAUCCAAAGAAAA